UUGAUUUCCAACACACUUUUUACUACCGAAGCGAGUUUUUAGUUCGAAGCCCAUCUGGGUCACAGAAAGCAGCGUUCCAAAAAUGCUGAGACGAAUAGUGCCACAAGCUUCUUCCAUUGCUCGUCGUAGUUCCAGUGCCUACUUCUCUCUUAACCAACGGCCAUCAUCUUCUCUUGCUUUGCUUUUCAAAUGUCCUUUUUCUUCUUCGUCCCAAAUCCCAAACACUUCUUUUAUCGGACACACGGAUGACAACGCUGAUCAAUCCAACUCUCCUGAAGCCACAGCUACAAUCUCCAUCGACCGCUCCGGCCUAUACAAUCCACCUGAGCAUUCUCAUGAACCUACAUCAGAUUCUGAGCUUGUCAAACACCUCAAAGGAAUUAUCAAGUUCCGAGGGGGGCCGAUCUCAAUUGCUGAGUAUAUGGAGGAAGUUUUGACAAAUCCUAAAGCUGGGUUCUAUAUUAAUCGAGAUGUGUUUGGAGCAGAAGGCGAUUUUAUUACCUCCCCGGAAGUAAGCCAGAUGUUUGGAGAGAUGAUUGGUGUUUGGGCAAUGUGCCUGUGGGAGCAAAUGGGGCAACCCAAUAGAGUUAACCUAGUUGAGCUAGGUCCAGGACGAGGGACUCUUAUGAUGGAUCUUCUUCGUGGUGCAUCGAAGUUCAAGAACUUCACUGAAUCAUUGCAUUUACACCUGGUAGAGUGUAGUCCCACUUUGCAGAAGCUUCAGCACCAGAACUUGAAAUGUGUAGAUGAAGAUCAUAUGGCUGACAAUGUUGGUAAAAGGACUAUUAGCACAUUGGCUGGAACCCCUGUAUCAUGGCAUUCUGCUUUGGAGCAGGUUCCUUCAGGAUUACCAACAAUCAUCAUUGCGCAUGAAUUUUAUGAUGCUCUGCCAGUUCAUCAAUUUCAGAGAGUUUCUCAUGGCUGGUGUGAGAAAAUGGUUGAUCUUGAAGAAGAUUCUUCAACGUUUCGUUUUGUUCUAUCUCCACAGCCUACACCUGCAAUUCUCUAUCUGAUGAAACGCUGCAAAUGGGCUGCAACUGAAGAAAUUGCAAAGCUUGAUCAGAUUGAGGUUUGCCCCAAAGCAAUGGAGUUGACUCAAACUAUUGCUAAGAGAAUCAGUUCUGAUGGAGGUGGCGCUCUUAUAAUUGAUUAUGGCCUGAAUAAAGUAGUCUCAGAUAGUCUACAGGCAAUUCGGAAACAUAAAUUUGUGCACAUUCUAGACAAUCCAGGAUCUGCUGAUCUCAGUGCAUAUGUUGAUUUUGCCUCCAUCCGUCGCUCGGCAGAGGAAGUUUCAGGGGAGGUGUCUGUGCAUGGACCAAUGACUCAGUCCCAGUUUCUUGGGUCUCUUGGGAUAAAUUUCCGAGUGGAAGCAUUACUACAGAACUGCACUGAGGAACAGGCAGAGUCUCUGAGGACCGGAUACUGGCGUUUGGUGGGCGAAGGUGAAGCUCCCUUCUGGGAGGGUCCUGAGGAGGAAGUACCCAUUGGAAUGGGUACACGGUAUAUGGCCAUGUCCAUCGUCAAUAAGAAGCAAGGCACUCCUGUUCCAUUUCAAUGAAUGAAACUCUAUUAUUCAAUGUUUAUGGAGUGAGAAUUAGACAAAGCCUAAGCCAUAUGGAGGCCAAAUAAAAUUUUGGAAAUUUAAUUGCUUGUCAAAUGUUUAAGCUAACUUAUAGUAUUUUUUUUAUAUAUAUAAACUUUCUUAAUUUUAGUAA